AUGCCAUCAGAUGGAAUCCUCCUCACAGGAACGACCAAGGACUAUUGCACCAUCUCCAAAUCGACUACGGGUAACCCAGGUAUGUCCAGUCCUGGAGAAAACGGUUGCACCUCCAACUGUGACAUGAAAAUCGUCAACAACGAAAAGGCUCCAGACUCCUUCAAGAAGGUCGCGUAUUACGAAUCAUGGAACCAAGACCGACCAUGUAUGCACGUGGACGUACGGACUAUCACCUCUGCAUUCAUGAGCGGAUGGACCCACGUGCACUUUGCCUUCGCCAACAUCACUAGCGACUACAAGGUGAGUGUACAGGAUACAUAUGGCCAAUUCAAGAACUUCAAAGGCUUGAAAGGCAUAAAGCGAAUCAUUGCCUUUGGUGGAUGGUCUUUUUCUGUUGGUGUGGAUACAUAUACUAUUUUGUGCGAGGCUGUCAAACCUGCCAAUCGUGAAGCCUUUGCCAAUGAAGUCGUUCGUUUUGUCAAGGAUCAUGACCUCGACGGUGUCGACUUUGACUGGGAGUAUCCGGGUCCGCAGGCCCCUGAUCUCCCCAACAUCCUGAAGGGUAGCCCAGACGAACCUGGAAACUACCUCAAGUUUCUGCAGCUUGUCAAGAGCAAGCUCCCGUCCGACAAGUCUCUCUCGAUAGCCGCACCAGCUUCCUUCUGGUACCUUAAGCAAUUCCCAAUUGCUGCUAUAUCCAGAACAGUCGAUUACAUCGUAUACAUGACAUAUGACCUCCAUGUAAAUCUCACGGAAACCAAGAGCUCUCUGGCCAUGGUUACCAAAGCCGGUGUGGAGGCUCGGAAGCUCGUGGUCGGUGUCUCUAGCUACGGUCGGUCGUUCAAGAUGAGUAGCGCUAGAUGCAAAGGUCCAAUGUGCACAUUCACUGGGCCGGAGUCAGGUGCUGCCAAAGAGUGGGCUGAUACUCACAACGUCGAUAGCAAUACCGACGAUGAUGAGGAAGAUUUGGAGGUCAUUGAAUCGUGCGACAAAGAGUACAACUCAAUCGACGCUAUUCUCUCGUCCACCCCGGACUAUGACGAUAAGUUCAAGUGGUAUGUCGAUUGGGUCAAGGAGGGCAUUGACGCGGCCUUAGACGCAUUCAUGAAGGUCAAAUCUGGUGAAGGCAAUAAGUAUAUAGAUUGUGAGUGGACAGCACCCAACAGCAAUGGUUCCGGUCUUUGCACUAACGUUGAGCUGCGUGUACCAGUGAAUACUCCAAAGGCUGCCAACAGGCGAUUUAUCACGUACAAGAUGCGCGACGAGGAGUGGUUCUACGAGGCACUUCUAGCAAGUCACGAGAUCGAGAAGGAUUGGGUCGAGUGGAAAGACAAUGCAGAUCACGACAUUUGUAUCUGUCCCAACGGUCCACACGCCCGCUAUGUUGAUGAGAAAGAGCCCAACAGGUUUGCUGCUGGUCCGAUCUGCCCUUGCGAGGCUCACGCAGGUUUCACCAUGCACAAGAACUACCCACGCCGCAUCCAAGAUACUAGCAAGAUCGUCGUUCUGAACCCCAAGGCUAUCAUCGAGGAGGCUAUUCCGAAGACUGAUGACCUUACGGAGCUUCUCUAUGAAACAUACAUGGAUUCUUUAAACGAGGAUCUCGAUGCUUCUGGCGCUGAUGCGGUCACAGCCUUCAGCAUGCCUGUCUUCAUGCUUGAAGACGCCAUCAAGUCCAUCAAGUCAGUCAAGGAGAUUGGCGAGAAGCAGAAGGAGACGAAGACACGCGAACUGGUUCUUAGUAUCCUCAGCAUCGUUUUCGCAGUCAUUCCUUUCGCCGGAACGGCAGCAUCAGCUCUGGGUGGCGCCGCGAUGAUUGCGCGGGCAGGGCUCAUUAUUGGGGAGGCAGGGAGCGCUGCACUUAGCAUUGUCGACAUUGUUGAUGAUCCAGCGUCGGCCCCAUUCGCAGUCCUCGGCUUGCUCAUUGGAUCCAAGGGCGUGAAGGUCAAGGGUCUAGAAAGGCCUUCAAAGACGCAGCCGACGCUCGACGGGCCCUGA